UGUGCCCCGGGAUAUUUUGCAUCCGGGUUGUUGAAAUGGCGAUGGAUACCUGUCACACGGUGAAGUUGAAACAAGAAUUAGGGGAUAUUCCUCUUGGAGAACUUCAACGAAUGAGAGAUGCAGUUAGUGCCAAAAGGUACUGUGAAAGUGUAUAUGAAAGACCAACUACUGACACUGAAACGAAACUAUUGAAACCCAAGAGAGAAGAAAACACUUUCAAACGCGCUAGCAAGAACAGGCCUCGCGAGAUGUCAUCCAAGAAGCCCGUUUCUCGCUUUCGGACUGUAGUGGAUUUACCAAAGAAGGUUGUUCGCGAUCCAAGGUUUGAGGAAGAAAGUGGGCACUUUAAUGCAGGAUUGUUCCACAAGGCAUAUUCUUUCAUAGACGAGUACAAAGCCAUUGAGAAACAGGCUCUUGAGAGAGAGUUAAAGAAAACGAGGAAGAAGAGCAGGAGAGAGGAUGUGUCCGCAUUGCUACAGAAGAUGGAGAAAGAAGAAACAGCCCGAGCUCGUGCAGAGGAAUCCAAGAAGGUUGACCGAGAGCUAAGGAAGAACGAGCGAAAACUUAUUGGAAAAGGAAAGCAUCCUUACUAUUUGAAGAAUUCUGCUCGGAAAAAGCUAAAACUGGCAGAGAGAUUUCUGGAGCUGAAAACAAAGGGUAAAUUGGAACACUUUCUAUUGAAACGACGAAAACGUACUGCAACGAAAGAAAGGCGCUUUUUGCCUUUCCGUCGACAGAAACAAGUGAGAAACUAGUGAUUUCAUUCACUGCAUUGCUCAGAAUGUUUUUAUGGUGAUGAACUGCAUUGAUAUAUCCUUCAGUGCGACUAUUAAUAUUUCGAAGUACUACGUACAUCUAACACAACAUGAGCCAUGUGACAGCUGAAUUAUAUGCAAAUUAUAUUUACAUGCAGUUACAUCAGUACAGAAGGCUAGCACUCUUAUGCGUCUGUUACGACCUUGAAGUCACUUACGUAGUAGCAUUUGCUGUUGGAGUAUUUCUCGAAUACUGAUUUGUAGCGCGACUUUCGCAUCCACCUUAAUACCGACAGGAACUGCUCGGCCAAUGCUGCUACUUGUUUACGAACGGUAGAUGGAGGCCUGGAGGGUACCAGGCAGAAGAGAGAAAGAGCUUUGUCGAUACGGAGGGAUUGCACUCGACCGUCUUUUGUCAAUAUGCGAACAGCCAGCAGUAGAGCAGCAGCAGCGCGUUGCGACGGCAAACAAGAUGCCACCAUGUGGUCCAUGAUUGAUAC